ACGACGCGGCUUUCCAUUUACGUUCACCCAAGUUUUAUUUUCUCUGAAAGUUAAGCGUAAAUACAGAUUUUCCGCGUAAAGUAAACAAAGAGCGGUAAAUAUGGAUGAUAUGCUAAGCCCAAACUUUUCCAUACCCAGCAUUGGGCUUGCAACAACGCCGAUUCACCACAGCCUUGACGCCGAUCAACAAAUAGAAGCAUUACCACAUCAAGUUUACCACCCAGCAGCAGCACCCGAACCACCAACCGCAUUAGCCUCAGGAUCAGGAGCGCAACAGUCCGAUCCCAAUAAUGUGACAAGCGGUCCAGAUGGAAGCGGAGGCAGUGGCCUGUUUGGCCACGAGCCCUCACUACCUCUGGCCCACAAACAAAUGCAAAGCUAUCAGCCCUCAGCGUCAUACCAACAACAGCAGAAUCAGAGUAGCAACGCUGGAGGCAGCACUCCCCAAUCUCUAAUGCAGCCACAAACACCGCAGAGCAUGAUGUCCCACAUGAUGCCAAUGACUGAACGAAGUGCCGUGGGCUUGGGUACUGGCGGAGAUUCGUCUCUUAGCAAUAUACACCAGACAAUGGGACCAUCGACACCAAUGACGCCUGCAACGCCUGGCUCAGCAGAUCCUGGCAUUGUGCCGCAACUUCAAAACAUUGUGUCCACCGUGAAUUUGUGCUGUAAACUGGACUUGAAGAAGAUUGCCUUACAUGCCCGUAAUGCUGAGUAUAAUCCAAAGAGAUUUGCGGCCGUAAUUAUGCGUAUUCGUGAGCCACGUACAACCGCAUUAAUAUUCAGUUCUGGCAAAAUGGUGUGUACUGGAGCCAAGAGUGAGGAUGACUCCAGGCUGGCUGCUCGCAAAUACGCGCGUAUCAUACAGAAGUUGGGAUUCCCGGCAAAGUUUCUGGAUUUUAAGAUUCAAAACAUGGUGGGGUCUUGCGAUGUCAAGUUUCCCAUACGACUGGAAGGCCUGGUACUUACGCAUUGCAACUUCAGUAGCUACGAGCCGGAGUUAUUUCCCGGUCUUAUCUAUCGUAUGGUGCGACCACGAAUUGUGCUGCUCAUCUUCGUGUCCGGCAAAGUGGUGUUAACGGGCGCCAAGGUUCGACAGGAGAUAUACGAUGCUUUCGACAAAAUAUUUCCCAUAUUGAAAAAGUUUAAGAAGCAGUCAUAAAUGCCUUUAACCGAGUUUAGUCUAGUAUAGCAACGUAGUAUGUAGUUUAUUAACUCCUAAAGUUGACUAAUUGUAAAUCGUAUUAAGAUGUGCGUGUUUAGCCAGGAACAUCUCAAAUUGGUUCCAUGAAAUAAAACUGAAUUUAGUUGUA